AGACCAUUCGAUUCCUAAAAAAAGAAAGAUUGGAUGUUAGGAAAUAUUAUUCAUAAAUAAAUUUGUAUCCAUGUCACUUCAUGUAUAGCAAAUUAUUAUUUAUGGUUAAAUCAUUUUUUCCAUUAUUUAUUUAUUUAUUUUUGGUGACUAUGGAUAUGCAAAUUAAUUAAACGUAUACAAUGGCACGCCUCAUGAUAUUCCACUAAGCCAAGGGCAAUUUUAGAAACACAUAAAUAUAAAAUAAAAUAAUCAAAUCAAAGGCAAAGACUAGGAGCAUCCAAUUAAAGACCAAUAUCCCCUCUUAUUCUUCACUGAUUUUCCUAUCAACUUGGUUCCGUGUAUAAAUAUAGACUGAAGAGAGAAGAAGAAACCAAAAAAAGUGGAGGGUAGAGAGAGAGAGAGAGAGAAAUCACUUAUUAAAAUUAUUAUGGAUCAUCAUAGCUUACGUUGUUUUGUGACUAUACCCAAAAAAACUCAUUUUCUUUUCUCUUUUUCUUUGUUUCUUCUCUUCAGUUUCUCAAACGCAGCUUUCGACCUUGCAACCAUACCCUUCAAUGAUGGCUAUUCUCCUCUCUUCGGAGACGGCAACGUUGUCCGUACCACCGAUGGAAACGGCGUCCAACUCCUCCUUGAUCGCUACACCGGUGCUGGGUUCAUUUCUUCCAAUAUGUACCAAUAUGGAUUCUUUAGUGCAAAUAUCAAGUUACCAUCAAAUUAUACUGCUGGAAUUUGUGUUGCGUUUUAUACAUCAAACGGCGAUGUGUACGAGAAAACGCAUGAUGAGUUGGACUUUGAAUUCUUAGGUAACGUAGCUGGAAAACCUUGGCGGUUUCAAACAAAUUUGUAUGGAAAUGGAAGCACUCAUCGUGGUCGUGAAGAACGUUACCGUCUUUGGUUCGACCCUACUAAAGGUUACCAUAGAUAUAGCAUUCUUUGGACGGCAAAAAACGUCAUAUUUUACAUUGAUGGAGUUCCAAUUAGAGAGGUGUUAAGAAAUGAAGAAAUGGGAGGUGAAUACCCAACUAAGCCAAUGUCAUUGUACUCUACAAUAUGGGAUGCAUCAAAUUGGGCCACAUCGGGUGGAAAAUACAAAGUGAACUAUAAGUAUGCUCCUUUUGUAGCUGAAUUCAAGGACCUAGUCCUUAAGGGUUGCUCUCUUGAUCCUAUUCAAGAAGUUACCAAUGGCGAUGUUUGCGAGGACCAAAACAUUGAUCUCGAAGCUCAAGACUACGCAGCUGUGACCCCAUUGCGUCGCCUCUCAAUGAGAAGGUUCCGUCAAAAGUUUAUGUACUACUCUUAUUGUUAUGAUACAAUUAGGUACCCUAUCCCACCACCUGAGUGUGAUAUUAUUCCGGGUGAGCAACAAAGAUUUAAGGAGACUGGAAGGUUGAAAUUUGGCGGGAGUCACCGCCGACGUUCUAGGCGAGGAGGCCGUACUACAAUUCCGAUAGAUGAGACCGAUCAGGGUGAUAUGUGAUAAUUUGAUUAGAUGUAUAUAAUAGGGUCGAUUUUGUGGAUUCUUUUGGCCUUUUGACAUUAUCAAUCCUAUGAUAGAGGUGAAUAAAUUAAUUGGUUAUAUAAUUUGUUCCUUAAAUUAUUGUGUGGUUUGGUUUUAUGUUUUUGUUACUUUGUGUGUGUUGUUUCAGUAGGUGGAAUAUUAUCGGUAUAUAAAUCUGUAUGAGUGCAUUAAAGAAUAGGUCAAAAUACAUAUUGGUGGACGGUUCUUGAUCA